AUAACCAGAGUAGUGCAUUACUGACAGACUGCAACAUCUCUGAACGGAACAUUCAACAGGCUGAAUCCCUUCGGCGCAAAGCAGAGCUGGAUUUUGUAAAAACAGCUAAGAAACUCCUGUUUAAAAUACUAAGGAGGAUCUGAGUGGGAGUUUUUUGUUCUCUAUAGUUUAUUCUACAAAUUUAUUGUGGAAGCAUGUGCACUGGGGAUUGUGCUAAGUGCCUAGGACUCACCCUCAUCCCUCUGGCUGUGCUGUGUACCCUAGCUAAUAUUUUGCUUUUUUUCCCUGGAGGAAAAGUGGUUGAGAGUAAUGACCAUAUAACAGAUGAAGUCUGGUACUUUGGAGGGAUCCUAGGAUCAGGUGCAUUGAUGAUCUUUCCCGCCUUGGUAUUUUUGGGCCUUAAGAAUAAUGAUUGCUGUGGAUGCUGUGGUAAUGAGAGCUGUGGAAAAAGGUUUGCGAUGUUUUCUUCUAUAAUAUUUGCUGCAGUAGGAUUUGUGGGAGCUGGUUACUGCUUUGUUUUGUCAGCAUUUGCUCUGAAUAAGGGACCUAAAUGUAACACAAACAACACCUGGACAUAUCCGUUUCUGAAUGGGAAUUAUUUAAGUGACAAUUCACUGUGGAGUCAGUGUCAGUCACCUGUGGACAUAGUUCCUUGGAAUUUGACCCUCUUCUCUUUACUGCUGGUGAUGAGCGGUAUUCAAGCAGUGCUUUGUGCCAUUCAGGUUGUUAAUGGCCUCUUUGGAACGCUCUGUGGGGAUUGCAAAUGUUGCGGAUGCUGUGGGGGAGAUGGAGCUGUUUAAAAUAGAUGAGAAUUGCAGAAAUCCCUACAUAUGAGGAGGAAACUCCCCUUGCAAGUACUUCUUAAAUGCAUUAACCAGGUGUGACACGUUCCUUCUCUACGCUCCCUGACUGAAGGUCUAGAAUGAAGGGCAUUUCCUCAUUAUUGCUAUGAAGCCCUGAUGUCUCCUUCCACCCCACUACAAUCCCACAUUACAAAAUGAAAGAUACAGCUGUUCAGCUCUUACACUUAUAUUUAUUUUUCUAAAGCAGCUCCCAUUUAAAAAGAGCGCCUGGAGAUUGGACAAUCAUUUCCCCUUAUGACUGAGUUCUCUGACUGUGGAUUGAUCAAUGCUGUUCAUGCAUGUUCAUCCAUUAUUUAAUUGCCUCUGAUCCAUUUUGGUGCUCAUGAAAUUAAAAUGCUACAAGUGUGUAAUUUUCUCCUGAAGUCUAUGAGAAAGAUUUAUCUCAUUUUGUUUGUACAACAAAAGUGAAGACUGUUGUGCUCCGACCCAAGAUCAUUAAAGUGCUCUU